GUUUUUAAAAAUUGAGUUCAUAAAGAAAAUGAAGAAGAGCUGAGCUGACAGACGACAGCUACCGGAUUGACGUUUCAUUUAAAACGUCAAAAUAAUAGGCGUUUUUGAGGAAUAUCACAAUUAUCUUUAUUAAUUUCCAAAAAUUUGCCAAUAAUUACUUGCGAUAAAGGUUAAAAUGACCGACUCGAAGUAUUUUACAACCACCAAAAAGGGAGAAAUAUUCGAAUUGAAGUCAGAACUCAACAAUGAUAAGAAGGAGAAAAAGAAGGAAGCCGUUAAAAAGGUCAUUGCUUCUAUGACUGUAGGCAAAGAUGUCUCAGCAUUAUUCCCCGAUGUCGUGAAUUGCAUGCAAACUGACAAUUUGGAACUUAAAAAAUUGGUUUACUUGUAUUUGAUGAACUACGCCAAAUCGCAGCCCGAUAUGGCUAUUAUGGCAGUCAAUACCUUCGUUAAAGAUUGCGAAGAUCCCAAUCCUCUGAUUAGAGCGCUAGCUGUUAGAACAAUGGGUUGCAUUCGAGUCGAUAAAAUCACUGAAUAUUUAUGCGAACCUCUAAGGAAAUGUCUCAAAGAUGAAGAUCCUUAUGUUAGAAAAACUGCCGCCGUUUGUGUCGCUAAACUGUACGAUAUUUCAUCAGGAUUAGUCGAAGACCAGGGAUUCCUCGAACAGCUAAAAGAGUUAUUAAGCGAUUCUAAUCCGAUGGUAGUCGCCAACGCCGUUGCCGCUUUGUCAGAAAUCAACGAAAGCAGCCCUACGGGACAGCCCCUCGUUGAAUUGAGCACCAACACGAUCAACAAGCUCCUAACCGCUCUGAACGAAUGCACCGAAUGGGGCCAGGUAUUUAUACUCGAUUCCCUAUCGAACUACACUCCUCGUGAUGAACGAGAAGCCCAAAGCAUCUGCGAAAGGAUCACUCCUCGAUUGGCCCACGCCAACGCGGCUGUUGUAUUAUCGGCUGUUAAAGUGUUGAUCAAAAUGAUGGAGAUUUUGGCGGGUGACACCGAAUUUUGCAACACGCUCAGCAAGAAACUGGCGCCCCCUUUGGUUACCCUGCUGAGCUCCGAGCCCGAGGUGCAAUACGUUGCGUUGAGGAACAUCAAUUUGAUCGUACAGAAGAAGCCCGACAUAUUGAAGCACGAAAUGAAGGUGUUUUUUGUGAAAUACAACGACCCGAUUUACGUGAAACUGGAGAAAUUGGACAUAAUGAUUCGAUUGGCAUCGCAAGUGAACAUCGCUCAGGUUCUGAGCGAGUUGAAGGAAUACGCUACGGAGGUCGAUGUGGAUUUCGUGAGGAAAGCCGUGAGAGCGAUCGGUCGAUGCGCCAUCAAAGUGGAACCGUCGGCGGAAAGGUGCGUCGCGACGCUGUUGGAUUUGAUCCAGACCAAAGUUAAUUACGUCGUACAGGAGGCGAUCGUCGUUAUCAAAGAUAUUUUCAGAAAAUAUCCCAACAAAUACGAAAGCAUCAUUAGCACGUUGUGCGAAAAUUUGGACACCCUGGACGAACCGGAAGCCCGAGCCAGCAUGGUCUGGAUCAUCGGAGAAUACGCCGAGCGAAUCGACAACGCCGACGAAUUGCUGGACAGCUUCUUGGAAGGUUUCGGCGACGAGAACGCCCAAGUCCAACUGCAACUGCUCACGGCCGUCGUGAAGCUGUUCCUGAAGCGGCCCCAACACACGCAGGGCCUCGUCCAGCACGUGCUCAGCCUGGCCACUCAAGACUCCGACAAUCCCGAUUUGAGAGACAGGGGAUUCAUUUACUGGAGGUUGUUGAGCACCGAUCCGGCCGCCGCCAAGGAGGUGGUGCUCGCCGAUAAGCCGCUCAUUUCCGAAGAAACGGACCUCUUGGAGCCGACUCUUCUCGACGAGCUCAUCUGCCACAUCUCAUCGCUCGCUAGCGUUUAUCACAAACCGCCUACUGCGUUCGUAGAAGGCCGAAGUGCCGGUAUCAGAAAAACGUUGCCGGCCAGGCAAGGUUCCGAUGAAGGCGCCGGCGCCGGCGCCGCCGCCGCCGAAACGACGGUCAUCCCGAACCAAGAGAGCCUCAUCGGAGAUUUGCUUUCUAUGGAUAUCAACGCGCCCGCUCCCUCGGCCGCCGCCGCUCCCGCCGCCCCUCUGGCUAGCAACGUCGAUUUGCUCGGCGGUGGAUUGGACGUUUUGCUCGGAGGCGGUAGUGAUAUCGGCGGUGGUGGCGCCGUUAGCGCCGCCGCUCCCACCACCACCGGUCUUCUGGGGGAUAUAUUCGGAAUACCUUCCGCUCCUACUAUGUAUACACCUCCGAAGGUCAUCUGGUUGCCCGCCGAAAAGGGCAAGGGUAUGGAAAUCUACGGUACUUUCUCCAGACGGUCCGGUCAGAUGGCCAUGGAAAUGACUAUUACCAAUAAGGCUAUGCAGGCCAUGUCCGGUUUCGCCAUUCAAUUCAACAAGAACAGCUUCGGGAUCACGCCGUGCGCGCCCAUGAACGUGCCGGCCCUGCAGCCGGGCCAAAAUCUCGAAUACAGUUUACCGUUGAACACGACGGGGCCUGUUCAACGGAUGGAUCCUUUAAUGACGCUCCAGAUCGCCAUUAAAAACAACGUGGACGUGUUUUACUACGCCUGCCAGAUACCUAUCCAGAUAUUGUUCGGCGAGGACGGUACUCUGGAUAAGAGGGUGUUCCUUACCACUUGGAGGGACAUUCCGGGAGCUAAUGAGGUCCAGUACACGUUGAACGACAUCAAAGGCAACACCGACACCGUUUCGAACAAAAUGACGUUGAACAACAUCUUCACCAUAGCGAAGAGGAACGUCGAAGGGCAGGAUAUGUUGUACCAAUCGCUGAAAUUGACGAACAACAUUUGGGUGUUGUUGGAAUUGAAAUUGCAGCCGGGCGUCCCGACGGCGACGCUCAGCUUGAAAUCGAGAUCGGUCGAGGUGGCGCCCUACGUUUUCCAAGCGUACGAAUCGAUUUUGAAGAGUUAAAUCAUUUAAAUUUAUCAAGAGAAGUACACGCGUAUCAAGUAUGAAAAUAUGUUCUAUGUUAAUCAGUCUCAUUUAAUUUCAUUCCAAUUAUAGCGUAUUUAUAUGUUUAAGUUUAAAGUGAUAUUGAUGUUAUGCAUUAUUAUUUAACUCUAGUGAUGAAUAAAUAUUUCGAAAAUGUU